AUGACACAUCCCAGUUGUGACAAACUGUGCGUCUGCCUCAGUCAGAAUAAAAAAGCAAAGCAAACUGCUGAAACGACAAUUCCAUCAUCUCAACUAGAAAUAUUAGGACUUGAGAAGACCAAAAUCACGCUUGGAGACAAAAACUUCCUCACUCAACUCUUCCCUUCUUCAACAAUAUCCGCGUCCGACAAACAGCCACUGGAUCAUCUCAAAAGCCAGAAAAAUGCCACCGAGACCGUCCUAAAAAGCCAGUUCGACGAUUCAAAUCACCGCCGAAUGAUUUCGGAGGCGGAGAGUGAUGCCAUCCUGUUCAUCGAGAACGCGAAACUGACUCUUCACAAAUACCCACUUCGCUGCGCGAAAUGCUUCAAAGCCGCCACCUGCCAAACGAACUGCUGCGAGUAUCACGUGUUUUGCGACCUCUGCAAAGAACAGGCGAUAACUUGCGAGGAUGAAAAUCGCGAGCUUCUGACGAAGAUGCACAUUGGAAGCUAUCGAGGGAAGGUGAUCCAGUUCGUGACCAAGCACUGGCACGAGAAGUACAAAGCCGACCCGAGCAUCGAAGAUCCGAUGAUACCGCACAAAGAAACUGGAACGACCCUGAAAGAGAUUCACAAAUCAAUGUGCGAUGAGGGACUCAUGUUUUAUCGACGCAGUCUUCCAGUCGUUUCAAGCUCGAAGGCCAAAACCGAGAAACAUCCUAUCGUCAAAACAGAACGAGAAGAAAUCGAAUAA